GUUGGGAAUUCGCGACACGAGGUUAAAUUUGGAAACGUCAACGCAAAAUGCACAAUUCCUGGAACUGUUUGCAGGUCGCAUUGCUCUGCGGUUGCUGCUGCCUCAUUGGUUGGUGCGCAGAGGCGCAGGCGCUCCAGCGCGAUGAAGCUAGCAUGUCCAAUAGCAUUGCAACACCUGGCCAGCCCUUGUACUACCUGAUGGCCGAUGCGGGCUCCACAGUGGGUCCAAAUGUUGAACUGAAGCGUACGAAUCGAUCGCUCAUGAAGUGGUGGGAAGACUUAUUUCGACAAAACAAUUGCUGCAACGGCAACAACAAUAAUUUGCUCUACAAUAAUAAUUUGCCGCCCGGCUUACCUGUCAUCCCGAAUAACAACUGCAAUGGAUUGCAGCUGAACCAACUGGAUCCCUUUAAGCAAAUGCAACUGUUCAAGAAACUGCCCGAUCUGUGGGGCAAUACGUGUGCGGGUCAGUGCGGCCAGUGUGGUGGCCAGCAGCCGCUGAACAAUUAUGCUCCAGCACCUGCUCCUGGCUAUGGCGGCGAAGGUUAUGGUCCAUCUGAGCCGCAGCCACAGCCACAGCCUCAGCAGCCACAGCCAGCGGCUCCAGUUGACUACAAUGCGGCACCAGCGCCACCUAGCGGCGGCUAUGAGACGCCCAACCCCAGCUACGAUGGUCCCGGCGAUGGAGAUGCAGGCUAUGUGGCACCAGCACCAGUACCAGCACCGCCACCACAAGCUGUAGAAUACGCGACGCCUGAGCCGCCAGCCGCCGGCUAUGAACCACCGGCACCACAACCGAGCUAUGAGCCUGAGUCGCCUGCCCCAGCACCAGCACCAGCACCAGAGAGCUACAGCAAAGUGGAAGAGUAUGCGCAACCUGCCAAGACCUACAGUGGUGCACAGCCACCGCAAAUCGUAUAUCAACCCAUUAUUUAUUUGUCGACCUCGCCCGCUGCUAAGGAUGAACUGGCCAACCAGUUGAAACAGUCGGAGCUAAACUAUGAGAAGCCAACAGAACAGCCACCACCACCACCAGCACAGCAGCUUUACGAGCAACCAGCUCCAGCACCACUAGAAAAUCCUGCUUAUGCCCCACAUCCAGCACCACCCGCACCUUGUAAUGCACCCACAUGCGCAGGUUACAUGCCCAUAUGGAGCGUGCCUUUCUAUAGUUACCCAACGGCACCUGCCCCAGCACCAACCCCAGCACCAGCUCCAGCUCCUGCCUAUGUAGCGCCACCAGCACCACAGCCAACACCACCAGCAGCUGCCUAUAGCUCCUCUUCUUGCCAGACGCCCAUUCGAUUGUCUCUUAUUGAUCAACCCUAUCGAGUGGCACCCGAACUCUUCCAAGAAUACAACUACCGCUUGGCCUUGGACGAAAGGAAUAUAUAUAGUAGAUGAAUACUGGAAAGAUCAUUAAGACUUAACUGUAAAUAAAAUGUAUGUAAAUGCUG